GCGGGCAGCUGUGAGAGGGGAGGGGAGAGAAGAAGUUGGACUAGGAGAAGUGCUGGUCUAUAACUUUCCCCUUCCCCCCUGAAGACGACUCGGGGAAAGUUUUGGAAGAGCAAAUUGUGGAUUACUCAAGAACUCAGACUGGGAUUCUGGACGGAUGGGCUUUUGAUUUGGAUUCAUGUUGUGGUGAUUGAGAGGAACUAUCGUUGCUUAUAGGUAGGAGGUGAAAGGGGGAGCCAUGAGGGUCAUCUUGUCCUCCCUUGUGCUGCUGACCAUCUGGUCAGGUCAGGGGGGUCGACUGGCAUCCGCUGAAGGUUUGCGCUGCCCAUCACUACAGGUUGAAGAAUGGAAGUUUCCUCAGACAGCCAGACACAACAUUACUGGUUUCAAUCUGGUGCGACGUUUCUCCCUGCUGAAGAACAGCGAGGUAAAGAAGAUUCGUAAUCCGCGAGGGCCCAUCAUCCUUCGCCUCGGAAAAGUCCGCCUCAUCCAGCCCACUGACCAGGUGUUUCCUCAUGGACUGCCUGAGGAGUUCACUCUGGUCUUCACCCUGCUGUUGAAGAAAAAGAGUCUGAAGGAUAACAUCUAUCUUUUCCAAAUAUCUGAUGAGCAAGGAUAUCCUCAGCUGUCGCUGGACUUGAACGGGCCGGAACGUACGCUGGCCCUGCGCGCAGGGGCCGAGGGUGCAGAAGCCCCGUCCGUGGGGUGCGUUUUUAAUGGAGAAGGUGUUGAGUCUCUGCUGGACCUGCACUGGCAUAAAGUGGCUCUGAGUGUACAGAAAAGAGCAGCCUCGCUGCAUGUGGACUGCAGCUCUAUCGAGACCAAGCCUCUGGAGCCUUGGGGCCAAAUCACUACUACUGGACACACACUGCUGGUCAUGAGGGCCAACGAUGCUGCUCCUGUGGAGGUGGACAUUCAGCAGGUGAUGGUAUAUUGUGACCCCACACUGGCCAUCCAGGAGGCUUGCUGUGAAAUCCCUGGUGCUCGGUGCCCCCCAGACGCCCCCAAGAGUCGUCGAGCAGCAGAGAAUCAUGUGGAGUUUGUGCCCAGUCCCUUCAGCCAGGCCAUCCUCGGAUCAAAAGAUUUGGCAGAAAAAUGUGCUGGCUGUGUACUGAUCAGUGAGGAUCAGAAUCUUGUCCAGGAAGGGCAUGGGGGUCAGCCUGGCCUCAAAGGAGAGAAAGGAGACCCGGGUCUGGACUGCACUGGAGCUGGCGUUCCUGGUCGAUGCUCGGAAGGAGCUAAAGGCGAGAAAGGAGUAAAGGGAGAGCCGGGCCUGUCUGGAAAUUGGGGGGAUGCUAUUGGAAUUAAGGGAGAUAAAGGAGAGAAGGGCGAGGUCGGAUCCCCGGGUCUAACCGGAAAUCCGGGCAAAGACGGUCGGGCUGGCUCUAUUUGUGUAGUGGGUCCUAAAGGGCAAAAGGGAGCUACAGGUUCAGUUGGUCCAGAGGGGCUUGCAGGAGAACCAGGCCCGCCAGGACCUCCUGGGCUACCUGGCGUUGGCAAACCAGGACCUCCGGGGACCCCAGGUGGACCUCCUGGAUCAAAAGGAGACAAAGGGGAUGCUGGGAUACCUGGGAAAGAUGGCAGUCCAGGCGAUCCCGGUCCGAGAGGGCCUGGUGGUCCCAAAGGUGAAAAGGGUGACCCUUGUGAAGUGUGCCCUGGGCUGCCAACAGAUUUGGACAACACUGUGACCCUUCAGGGGAAGCCAGGGCCUAAAGGCGAACCUGGAACCCCAGGAAUAGGAGAGCAGGGUCUGCCUGGCUCUCCAGGAAAAGAUGGCAAGACGGGUGAAAAGGGUGAGCCCGGGUCAGAUGGGGCCAAAGGGGAAAAGGGCGAGCCGUGCACCGCAUGUCCUACGCAUGGUGAUAUCGGUCCAGCCCCUAUUGCAGCAGCUCAGACUCUGAAGGGGGAGAAAGGAGAACAGGGAGAUCCAGGGCCUAGUGGUCUGAGUGGACUCAAAGGGGAAAAGGGUAAUGCGGGUAGCAAAGGCAGUGAGGGGAAAACGGGCAAACCUGGUCCAAGAGGUCCCAGUGGCAAGGAUGGACAGAGAGGGUUAAAGGGGGACGAGGGUUUACCUGGUCUCAAAGGUGAAAAGGGAGACUCGUGUGGUGUGUGCCAGAACAUUGCCUCUGAGGUGAAAGGAGGCCCGAACAUUGUCAAAGUGAUAGGAGAGCCCAGUCUGCCGGGGCCCCCAGGACCUCAAGGGCCCCCAGGGCCUCCAGGACCUCCGGGAGAGGAAGUAGAGGGCAAACAGGGUCCUCCAGGCCUUCAAGGACUAAGAGGAGAAAAAGGUGAACAGGGUUUACAGGGUGACCCAGGCCUGGUUGGGGAACAAGGAGCCCCAGGACUGCCUGGAGAGGCAGGGAGAGAUGGCCUUAAUGGACUUAAAGGAGAGAAGGGUGACGCAUGUGACAGCUGUCCAUCGCUCCCCGAAGACUUGGGUGAUGUGGUGGGUUUACCUGGACCAAAGGGAGAGAGAGGAGAGCCUGGUCCACCUGGCGAGGGGACAGCAGGGAGGCAUGGUAUGCCAGGGUUGCCUGGCAGCCAGGGGCCUAGAGGACCUAAAGGAAGUCAGGGCGAUCCUGGACCUGCAGGAAUUGGCCUCCCAGGACCGCAGGGGGAACAAGGACCGAGAGGUCUUCCUGGAGCUGCUGGUCCUGUAGGGCCUCAGGGACCCCCUGGGCUGACGGGACCAGCUGGGCAGAGGGGACUGAAGGGUGACACGGGGUCACCGGGACCCCAGGGGCCGAUGGGCAUUGGUGUAGUCGGACCUCCGGGUAGGGACGGUUCUCCUGGUCCGCGUGGGAUCCCUGGGGAGGAUGGCAGACCUGGAGCCAUUGGACCCAGGGGUGACAAGGGUGAACCAGGAGACUGCAACUGCAUGCAUAAUCCAUUACCUGGAGUACCUGGUGUCCCUGGUGGUGGGAACAUGUGGCAGGCAGGUCCUCAGGGGCCUCCAGGACCUCCGGGCCCCCCAGGGCCUCCAGGGCCCCAAGGCUUCGUAGGCAUCCCAGGCCCACAGGGUCUCCCUGGCAACGAUGGCUUACCAGGGCAACCGGGUCUGCCCGGCCAUAUCACGCUACCCCUUCCAAAGGAUGACACUGCUCCCAACAUAAAGGUGGUGUGUGGCGACUGUUCCCAAGGCCUGCCAGGCGUGCCUGGCGUGCCUGACUCCACUAAGGUUGACAAGGCAGAGCAGGGCAAGCCUGGCGUCAUUUCCAUAGAUGGCUGCGAGCGGUGUCUCGAGAGGCUGCAGCAAGAGGAACCACCUAGAGGGCCUGCUAGCAGCAACAAUGCUUGCACAGGUGUUCCAGGGACGCCUGGUAUCCCAGGGCAACCAGGCAUCAAAGGAGAUCCGGGCGACAGGGGUGAAAGGGGUAUUCCUGGUCUUCCUGGAAACCCUGGUAAUAUUGGUUUCCCUGGUCCACAAGGCCCCCCUGGACUACCUGGUCAGCAAGGUGAGAGAGGAUCACAUGGGCUUCCUGGACUGAAGGGGGAACAGGGACCACCUGGAUUACCAGGAUACCCAGGAGUUAUGGGACAACCUGGACUUCCUGGCCUGAAAGGAGAGAGAGGCAGUCCGGGAAGCGUGGGACAAAAAGGAGAAUCAGGUCCGCCAGGAUCUCCAGGUUACCAGGGACCACAAGGCCCAGCUGGUCCCAAAGGGGAAGCAGGAGCAGCGGGACCCUUGGGACCGAAGGGAGAUCAGGGCUUCCCAGGACCACCAGGGUUCCCUGGACAACAGGGACAACCAGGGUUCCCAGGAAAAGUUGGACCUACCGGACCACCAGGAUCAAAAGCAGAGCCGGGCAGCCCUGGAGCCCAAGGCCCACAGGGACCCCCAGGCCCUCCCGGAUCUGCAGGACGCCCAGGCAUGCCGGGUCCUCCUGGGUUAGAAGGAAACGAUGGAAAGGACGGAAAACCAGGACCACGGGGUGAUCCAGGUCCAGCUGGCCCUAUUGGACCCAGGGGAAUACCGGGAUUCAAGGGCUUAAAGGGUCAUACAGGCCUCCCAGGACAAAAGGGAGAUAUUGGACCUCAGGGUCCACCUGGGACAGCGGGAAGACCAGGGCUUGAGGGUGACCUUGGACCACCAGGGCCACAAGGUCCACCGGGACCACCAGGACAUCUGGGUGCUGCAGGCCCCCCAGGUCCACCAGGGCAAGCUGGAUCUCCUGGCGUGGGCAUUAAAGGUGACAAGGGCGAGGCAGGAGAGAGAGGGCUGGCAGGAAUGCCUGGGUCUCCAGGGGCCCCUGGGCAUCCAGGACAGAUGGGAGAACCAGGCAGCGACGGUGCUGUGGGAAAAGAUGGAACACCAGGCCUGCCAGGGGAGAUCGGUUCACAGGGACAGAAGGGUGACGCAGGAACACCAGGACCAAGGGGUCCACCAGGAGAGCGUGGUCGUCCUGGACCACCAGGAGGUGGAGGACCCUACUCCAUGAAGGACUCUGGAGGAAUAAUAGGGCCAGCAGGGCCACGAGGAGAGAGAGGUAGCCCUGGUUCCCCUGGACAGGCUGGUCCCCCUGGACAACCAGGAAUGCCAGGAAAUGAUGCUGUUGUCAACUAUGAGGAGAUCAGGUCUUUCAUCAGACAGCAGGUCAUAAAGAUCUUUGAUGAGCGAAUGGCCUACUACAUGUCACGCGUGCAGAUGCCAGUGGAGAUGGUAGCACCACCUGGCCGACCCGGACCCCCAGGAAAAGAUGGAAGCCCAGGAAUGCCUGGACCCCCAGGGAUACCUGGCCGUCCAGGACAGAUCGGGCGGGAGGGUAGAUCGGGACCUCUUGGCCCUCCAGGCCCGCCUGGUGUAAAGGGAGAGAAAGGAGAUAAAGGCGUGGGAGAGAUGGGAGAUUCCGGACCCCCAGGCGCUCCAGGUGUUCCUGGACCCCCUGGCUAUGGUAAAUUAGGACCACCAGGCCCCUCUGGUCAACAGGGUAUUCCUGGAAUUCCUGGACCUCCAGGGUCUCCUGGACAGAAGGGCAAAGAUGGCCGUUGUCACCCCUCUGAUUGUAUGAGUGUGCCUGUGGAGUACAGUCCCAAGGGCCCACCAAUGAAAGGCCCCAUGUACUAGAGAGAGUAUGAGGGAACGAGAGAGUUAAGGGGACAGGAUGAGACCCAAAGAUCAGCAUUCUCAUCACACCAAUGAAUCUGCCUGCUAUCGCACCUGAGAAGAUCCUUGGAGAACGAGGGGGAAUUAGGGGGCAUUUGUCAUCAUAAAAUGACAAAUGCUACAGGGCCAGGUUGCUGGCUUACCACCAAAGGAGUCCUCUAUAAGCUAUCUGUUAAAGGUGAACCGGUGUCAAAAGGUUUGAAUUUCCCUGCAACCACUACCAUGAGUGCAGCAAGGCUACAAACUCUCUUGGAAAACCUGGAUUAUCAUCCAUCAUGCCUCUCUUUUAUUUGGAGUUCUCUACCAUCUGAUAUGGAGUUUCUGUUUACUAAUGCCUGACUGAAGACUCCUGGAUUUAAGUACCCUGACCAUAAAAAGAGCUUUUCCUUCUCCAACUCCACUACCUUGAACACACCUGCUUUAUUGGCUUUAAUGGUGUCAUCAUUGAGAAAAUCAACUAUGAACCAGCUUUCCCUGCCAGCGUUACCUAUUUGCACCAUUUUUUUUUUGUGCUGAAAUGCUUUCGCUGCAAAUAAUCCUCUAGUUUUUUGGGUCUUCUUGGCAGCUGCUGCGUUCUGCUGGUUUACUGCUUUGCUGAGUCAAUGUGUCACAAACAUUUCACACUGUCCCUUCUGGAACGCUCUCUCUUUACAUGAACCUAACGUCUCAAGAUGUCUUUAAAAAGUCCCUUCAAUCUUAUUUUGUGCCAGAUAUUGUGGCCUACUAUACUCACUCCACUGCAUUCGCGUUAUGGCACUUGUAAAGGUACAGACGAGAUAUAAUUAUUCCUAUUUCCCUUCGGGCUUGUGUUGUACAUAUUUGUGUUAAUAUGUAAUGGCUUUUUAUACAUUUGUAAUAGAUUGGCAUCAGCAUGACAGUCCUUAUUAUAUUUGCUAGUGUCAUCUCAGAUAUUGUGGUAUUUUUAAAAGCACUAAACAGAUCAAUUAUGUACAAAUUUGUUGGUUUUAUAUGGAAAUUGAAGUCAGUAACUUGUUUACUUGAGUGGAAAAUUUUGUACUACAGAAUCCUGUAGGGAGAUAAUCUUUAGAGCAAUUUUAAGCGACAUCCAUCCAUGGCCUCGAAUCAUUAACCUUUCAAACCUCCACCACUCUAAAGCCUUUUAGACUUGAACUCCUUGAUUUGAUAUGCUGUACCACUUUCAGGUAAACCACAUAGAUCCUCGCAGAAAUUCUGUUGGUUUCGCAAUACUUUUAACAUCCAGAAUUUACUGUGCUUUCAUAUUCGCCACAAGAAAGGCGCCAGCUUCCCCAUCAUCCAUAGUUUGUAGUUUUCAUCCGGUAAUCUGAAAGCUCUCCUGAUACCGCCAUUCUGCACACUGCUGUGUCAGCCAGACGCCAACCUGAUGCAUUUACAGUCAGCACUUUAUCCUCUCUCGCUCUCUGUCAGACCUUCGUAACUUUAUUGUGUGUGGGUGUAUGUGUGAUGCCUUUGAUUUUUAGAACUGAAAGAGCCAAACCACUGCUUGUGGUCUUUGUUUUUGGUUGGGGUUGGACACAGGGCCAGGGAUUUGGGUCAAAUGCAGGGUAGAGAUUAUACCUACGUACAUUUAGGUCAAUGCCUGGUGCUCACAAGUAUAUUCCAUAAAUGAAAUACUCAGGUCAACUUAAAAUUUGAAGGCAACCAGCUGCACAGUUAUCUCACUUAGUUAGCUAAACAGUACAGUUUAAAGGGGAAUUCCACCAAUUCAUCAUACUUUCUGUCGUUGAGGUGUAAACAAAGUCAUUCAGAGUGGUUUGAUAUGAAAUGGUUCUUUGUAGAGAAUCAUGAAGACUCUGAUUACUUUACAGUGGUGCUAAUAGGAACCAGGGGUCGUGAUGUCUACAACACAAAUAUAGCCAUUUUAUUUCUUACAGAAAAUGACCAGUAAACCUACACAUUUAACUUUUGUGUUUAUGUGUUUUGGCUACUAUUUUGCAUUGCAUGUACCUCUCUGCAAUAAAUGUAUUCCAAAAUUAUAUUUUAGACCUAUCGUAAAACUCAUCAGGCAGCAUAUUCCUAACCAUAACUUUUUAUGGUACAAUUUAGCAUGUUUCUCUAGAAUGGAGCCUUUCACAUCAAUCUGAAUGACUUUGUUUACAUUAUAACUUACUUACUCAAUAAAAACAGUGAAUGUUGUCACGUCCUUAUAAGCUCAACUUGUUUACAGUUUGGUUGGAUUUUUAUUCAGUUUCUACCUCCCUUGAAUUUGGUCAUUGCCAGAUCCCACCUACAGGCUAUUGCGUGAUGCCCCCUGUUUGGGGGACAGGCAUUGUGGGGUGUGUGUGAGUGCUUCCUCCUUUUAGACCCCCGACCACAGAUGGCAGUGACAUCACUGCGAUUCAGAUUCAUUCUCCCGAUUGGGUGGUUACACAGUUGAGCCG